AUGGGUGAAGCAAGUAAUCCAAAACUAACUUUACUGCCUCUGAUAGCUCUCAUCUUCUACGAAGUCUCCGGCGGUCCUUUCGGAAUCGAGGAUUCUAUCAGAGCCGGCGCCGGUCCUCUUCUCUCCCUCCUCGGUUUCUUAUUCUUCCCUCUCAUUUGGAGCGUUCCUGAAGCUCUCGUCACCGCCGAACUCGCCACCACUUUCCCUCACAACGGCGGUUAUGUCCUUUGGAUUUCAUCCGCUUUUGGUCCCUUUUGGGGAUUCCAAGAAGGCUUUUGGAAAUGGUUCAGUGGCGUCAUGGAUAAUGCUCUUUACCCUGUUUUGUUCCUCGAUUACUUGAAGCAUUCUUUUCCGAUUUUUAACUUAAUGAUGGCCAGAAUACCUGCUCUUUUAGGAAUCACUCUUUCACUUACUUAUUUGAAUUAUAGAGGCCUUCACAUUGUUGGUUUCACUGCUGUUUUCUUAGCUGUUUUUUCACUUUCUCCGUUUCUUGUUAUGGCGAUUCUUUCUGUUCCAAAGGUUAGGCCAAGGAGAUGGUUUGUUGUUGAUUUUAACAAAGUGAAUUGGCGUGGUUACUUCAAUAACAUGUUCUGGAAUUUGAAUUAUUGGGAUAAAGCUAGUACUCUUGCAGGGGAGGUUGAAAAUCCGGGGACUGGUGCUUUGAGUUCAUCACCAACUGAAUGGGCGGAUGGUUAUUUUGCUCAAGUGGGGAUGUUGAUUGGUGGAUUUUGGCUUAGACUGUGGAUUCAAGCCGCAGCUGCCAUGUCUAAUCUUGGUUUGUUUGAAGCAGAAAUGAGUAGUGAUGCUUUUCAGCUUCUAGGGAUGAGCAAAAUGGGAUUGCUUCCAGCUUUUUUUGCAUCAAGGUCUAAGUAUGGAACACCAACUGUUAGCAUUUUGUUCUCUGCUACUGGAGUUAUCUUCUUGUCAUGGAUGAGCUUUCAGCAAAUAGUGGAAUUUCUCAAUUUCUUAUAUGCUAUAGGAAUGCUUCUCGAGUUUGCAGCUUUUAUAACAUUGAGAUUGAAGAAGCCAGAUCUUUGCAGACCGUACAGAGUUCCGUUGCAAACAUUUUGGGCGGCCAUGCUUUGUUUGCCUCCUGCUUCGUUGCUUAUACUUGUAAUGUGUUUGGCGUCUAUGAGAACGAUCUUUGAAUGUAUUCCAAUUGUUUCAGAAUUGGUUGAUCAUGAAAACAAGGAUGCUGAGCUUCUUGUGAGUUUUUCACCAUUGCCUAUUGUGGAAGAAGAAUUGUCGUUAAUACAAACUGAUUCUAGCCCAAGCUAG